AUGUUCAUGCUCUACUUCCGCGUACCCCAUCGGCUCACUUCAUCAGGCCGAACGGCCGCGAGGCGCUAUUUCAGUGUUGUGGCACUUGCAGAGAGAAAAGCCGAAACAAGGAGAGGCAAACCUGGAACCCAGCUAGUGGGCGAUGCAAACAACGAUAUCAACAACUCAGCAACCAGAAAGCCAUGUACUGAUGCAGCCACAGUCCCCGUCAGAAACCAAGUGUCCCAAUCAUUGUCAUCUGAUUUAGACAACAAUCCGCACCUCUCUGUUACAAUCGCACCCGCAUUCGUGAGAAGCUCUACCAACGAGACUACCAGCACGACUGUCAUCACCAUCACCACUAUCGUCAAGCACGUCAACGACCUAGGCGAGGAGCCUUCCUCCGGAAUUAAUACUCAGGCUGAGCAGUCCUGCCAAGAGGCCGACGAUUGUGACUUUACUCAGUGA